UAUAAAUCUUCUGUACUCGCCUUCUCUGCGGCGUGGUAUUCCUGGAUCCGUUCGAGAUCGGACUCUCUCUGGCGCUCGCUCGCUCGCUAGCUCUUUAACCGUAAUGGCGACGGAUCUGAAGAAGAAAGCGAAGGACGCUUUCGUCGACGACAACUUCGAGCUCGCCCUUGAUCUCUACACGCAGGCGCUGGGUCUGGAGCCAAGCAACGCCGACCUCUUCGCCGACCGCGCUCAGGCAAACCUCAAAGUCGAAAACUUCACUGAAGCUGUUGCAGAUGCCAAUAAGGCUAUAGAACUUGAUCCUUCAAUUCCUAAAGCUUAUAUGCGCAAGGGUAUUGCUUGUAUGAAGCUUGAAGAAUAUCAAACUGCAAAGGCAGCUCUCGAAGCAGGUCUUCAAUUGGCAUCAGGAGAUUCAAGAUUCACCAAAUUAAUCAAAGAAUGUGAUGACUGCAUUGCAGAAGAGGCUCGUGGUCUAUCAAAGGAAGAAACAGAAAAUGUUUCACAAAGUUCAUUCUCUGCUUCCAAUCCAACUACCAACUUUGGGAAUACCUCUAAUUCUACACCUGAUUCAUCAAAUCAGACCAAGGAAGCAACUAAGAAGCCAAAAUACAGGUAUGACUUCUAUAAUGCGGCAAGGGAUAUAGUGUUGACCAUUUUUGCUAAGGGCGUUCCUGCUACAGGUGUUUCAGUUGAAUUUGGGGAACAAAUAUUGAGUGUCAUGAUAGAUAUACCUGGGGAAGAACAGUAUCAUUUUCAACCUCGUUUAUUUGCUAAGAUCAUACCUGAAAAGUGCAGCUAUCAAGUCUUAUCUACCAAAAUUGAAAUCCGACUAUCAAAGGCCGAGACAAUUGCUUGGCCUUCACUAGACUACAGUGACAAGAAAACAGUUCCCCAGAAGAUAAAUUUGCCAGCUUCAAACUCACCCAGACCAUCUUAUCCAUCCUCAAAAUCGAGAACAGACUGGGAUAAACUAGAAGCACAAGUGAAGAAAGAGGAGAAAGAUGAAAAACUAAAUGGAGAUGCAGCACUGAACAAAUUCUUUCAGGAUAUUUAUCGAGAUUCCGAUGAGGACAUACGGCGAGCAAUGAGCAAGUCAUUUGUUGAAUCAAAUGGCACAGUGCUGUCCACAAACUGGAAGGAAGUGGGUUCAAAGAAAAUAGAGAGUACUCCACCAGAUGGUAUGCAGUUGAAGAAAUGGGAGUAUUGAUCUUUAUUAUUUGUGGCGCUGCCUUUUGCAGCAAAAGUACCAAAGACUUUUAGUUUGAUGGGUAUGAUUUAAUCAAUCCUAGCAUGCUCUUGUUCCUGUUCAUAAUUUGAUUGGUUUGUCGGACAUACAUUCAUGGACCUUGCUGGUUGAUUGUGUCUUAUUUGACUCUUUCCUGUUGGUGUGUCUUUAUUUAAACAAGUUUCUUCUCUUUAUUCACUAGUAACUUUCAUUUGGGUAA